AUGGGUGGCCAAUACGAACCGGACCAGGCACUCUGUCUUCAGUACGCGCCGCUUGCCUCCAACUUCGAGCGGCACCAAUUCACCAUGGUAUAUACCGCCUACUGGGUUCUCUUCGGAACCAAUCUCGUCGUGCUAUUCCUUGCCUCGUCGCUAUUCAAAAAAGGACAGCGAGUUCUGGAGCACUUGUCACUCCCGAGUGAAGACCGUGCGAGACUGUUACGGAGAUAUAUCCUUCUCCACGCCUUGUGCGUUGUGUUAUCGUCCACCGUCGUCAUCACCGAGGUCUUUUUGCUUCUCGCGCUUCAGUUUUGCGAGGGUGAAGACCUAAUGUCGCUCUACUGGGCUACCUGGACCACGAUUCAAGUUGGAGCUGUAGUUGCCAUCUCGGGCAUCGCCCUUUCGCUCCUACAUUCGCUAUGGGACUACAAGCCCCCUCCGUGGGGACUCGCCCUAGGAACGCCCAUUCUUGUCAUCGCUGGAGCCUUUGAUCUAUUUUACAACUGCAUGACGAAGAGGUUGGGAAAGUUGCAGUCAUCCGACUUCACCGAGAGUAGCCCAUCGAUAAGCAACAAAGGCACGAUGGAAGCAUCUCGCCAAGACGUAUACGACGACAGGCUACAAGCCGAGCUAAUCGGCUCAACCGUCGAGGGAGGACCUAUAGUGCGACUUCUCGAGCCCCUCAAGUCAUUGCGACAUCAAGGAGAGAUCCUUGGGUAUUUCAAGGAGCGACCAAUCAUAGCCUAUCGCAAGGAGCUUGUUACAGUCUUGCUCGAGUGUGGCUCGACGAUAUCAAGCAGGGAUGCCUGGAGCGAUACAACAACAGACGUUUGUCCAUCACUCAAGACACCAGACUUGGGUGGCGAAAAGUUUUUAGACUUGAUUUCAAAGUACUAUAAGAAUGUUUAA